AAGAUUACUAGAGAAGAAAAAUGGAUACCUCAGCGAAAAUCGUUCUAAUCUGGUGUUGCAAGUUACGUUAAUCAUGUCAUAUGUGAUAUGUAUUGAAAGAGGAGGGAUUAAUCUAUGUGAUUGUUACAUUAUUUAGUUUGCAUGUUUCGUUGAUAACGAUAUAUUUAACUUCUUUCGCGUUGACAGCUAGCCGGAUUUUGCACUUCCUUUGUCCAUUGAUGUUACGUGGCUACUGAAAAAGAAGAAAAAAAUCUGGGAAAAAUAGAUUGGAUCGUCAUAGACAAUGUCUGGAGGUGGUUUUAUAACAAAUAGACGUUACUCCUAUCCUGUCAUUAAGCAGGAACAAGAUGACACCUUGGAAUCUGCACAAAUUAUGAACUUGACAAGCAUUUUCAGUUCACCCACAUAUCGGUCAACUCAAACUUUAGCCCAUAUUAAAGAGGAAAAUGGACAGUGGAAUUAUGUUACCAACUCCCAAGGAUCGACCCCUAGUGGACAUUCUUACAGACCUUUAGCAGAAAACCCACCAUCAGGUCGUAGCCAGGCCAAGCGAAAGUUAGAACUAGAUGUUCAGAAUGAGGGAUUCAAGACGCCUGCCAAGUCCUACAAGCGGCAACGAACACAUUCGGAAAAAAGUCCAAAAGUACGUUCACCUCUGGAGAAGACCCGAUACGACACGUCCCUGGGUCUGCUUACGAAGAAGUUUGUCGGACUGAUCAAGAGUGCCCCUGAUGGAGUUUUAGAUUUGAAUCGAGCUUCGGAGUACCUGUCAGUACAAAAGAGGCGAAUCUACGAUAUCACAAACGUUCUUGAGGGGAUCAACCUCAUACAGAAGAAAUCCAAGAACAAUAUCCAAUGGAAAGGGUGUACAAACUCUAUAGCGGCCAACCCAAGACUGAAUGAACAGCAGAGUUUAGCUACAGAAGAUCUCCACACAGACUUGGCAGAUCUUGAUGCGCAGGAAAAACUGCUAGAUGAGAAGAUAGCUGCCUGCACUCGACUGCUGAAGGAAACUACAGAAAAUAUCUCCAACUCCAGAUGUGCGUAUGUGACGUACCAAGAUAUCCGGAGUAUAAAGUCCCUCGACGAGCAGACGGUGAUAGCAAUUAAGGCCCCACCAGAGACGCGGCUUGAGGUACCAGAUCCCGGGGAUAACAUUCAAAUAUGGCUGAAGAGCUCGAAAGGCCCGAUUGAGGUUUACCUGUGUCCAGAGGAAGUUGGGCAAAAUUCUGAUAGUAGUAACACCACCUCUCACUCCGACAGUGCGUGCAGUAACACGAGCGCGUCAAGCGGAGAUGACUCCUUCUUCUCCGAAGAUUCUACUUCCUGUGAUAGUUUUAAAGGUCAUCCAUCAUUAAAGAACGCCCUGCUGGAGGACCAAGAUAUCUCUCCGGACCUCGGCCAAUCUCUUCUUAUGCAGACCGAGGACCAGCAUUCCGAUGAUAAUUUUGUACAGCUUGAACCACCGAUAGGCGCUCUUGACGACUACAUGUUUAGUCUGGAGGAGACAGAGGGAAUCAGUGACCUUUUCGAUAACUACUUGUCAGAGUUACCGAACAUUGAUAUUACAGUGUGA